AUGACCACCUGUGCAACUCAGGCUCACACAUACUCCACUCGUGCUCACAAUUUGAGAAAUUCAGCCACCAUCUCGGGUUGCAGAUGCCAGGCCUGCCUCAUGACACUCAUGGGGAAACUGAAGGGCAUCCCCAGACUGGCAGAGUUUAUUAAUCCAUCGAUCAAAGGAGGGGGCAGGAGACCUGGAGCAUGCGGAGGAGGCGGAGGGACAUACAUAGAGGGACAUAAGCACUGUAGAUACAUAGCCAUCCGACACCACAAGCCAGAAGACUCCGUCACCACUAUCAACGUGGCUGUGGGUCUCAAAUUAACUUGUGCGGUUCUGGCAAAUGCAACUACUCCUUCAUCUGUGGUCCAAAUAAUAUGUCGCGGGGUGCGAUCCGAUGCAUUGGCUGCUCGUUACUUAAUGGACGGCAGGAAGAACCAAAGACCUUCUCAGCAGGCCUUUAUACUCCAGGUUCUAUACAUGGUGCCGUUUGAUCUGGCUAGCGAUGCCACAAACUGGCUCUUACUAGACGCCGUGCUGGGCAAACGACAUACGUUCUUCCCUGAAGAAAUAUUCUUGUCUAAAUCGUUCGCCAACGUCUUUCGAGAUGACUACCUGAUUGCCCUAGUUCUCUUGAUGCAAACAAUGAAGCGCCGUAUUGAACCUCGGGCGAGCUCUGAGAAGACCAAAUGA